AUGUCCGGCGCAGAGGAGGGCAAAGGACAAGAGACUUCACUCCAUGGAAUUGACUGCGCCAUGACCGCCGAGGAAGAAGUCAAGAAUAAGGCCUUGGUAUGGAGACAAGACUUGAGAAUUAUACCUUUGAGUGCUGGCAUUUACUUGCUUUGUUAUCUUGACCGCUCGAAUAUUGGAAAUGCUAAAACUCUUAAUUCUUCUACUAAGAAUGAUCUCCUUACAGAGACUCACAUGACAAACUUCCAAUACAUUAUUGCUUUGAUGGUGUUUCUGAUUGCUUAUGCUAUCUUCGAAGUCCCAUCAAACUAUUUCCUCAAGAAGCUCAGCCCUAGUAAAUGGAUUGCAUUUUUAAUGUUCUCAUGGGGGGCAGUCACGAUUGGCCUUGGUGGGACAAAAAGUUUCGCUGGUGUGACUGCCGUCAGAUUUAUACUGGGAUUAUUCGAAGCCGGUCUCUUCCCAGGACUCGUCUACUAUUUAACAUUCUGGUACCGUACGGAGGAACGGUCAAUUCGUGUAGCGUUCAUCCUUGCUUCCGCAACUUUGGCUGGAGCUUUUGGCGGAGCCAUAGCUUUCGGUGUUGGACACAUGAACCGCGUACACGGUCUUUCCGCCUGGCGUUGGCUUUUCAUCCUCGAAGGCAUCCCGUCCUGUAUAUCAUCUGUUUUCGUAUUUUGCUACCUACCGGAUUACCCCGAAACCGUGAAGUGGUUAAGUGACGAUGAAAAGGCUUUGGCGAAGAAGAGGUUGUUGACCGAAGGAAGUCAUGGCACUGGCCAGAACUUGACAUGGCCUCAAGCAAAGGAGACUCUCACUGACUGGAGGCUUUACGCUCAUUAUGCGAUAUAUUUCGGCAUUUCAACACCCUUUUCCAGUCUUUCGCUAUUUACGCCUAGUAUCACAGCUGGCUUGGGUUAUCAUGACUUGACAGCCCAGCUCAUGACCGUCCCACCGUAUGCAGUGGCCUAUGUUGUGACCAUCCUGGUCUCCUACUCUGCGGAUCAUUUCAAUGCUCGUGCUCUUCACUCCGCGAUGUUUGCAACAAUAGGCGCAGCAGGAUUUAUGGCCUCAGCUAUUCUUCCAGCUCAUUCGUACACCUCUAGAUAUGGUUGUCUCAUCGUCGCUGCCUCGGGGGCAUUUUCCUGCAUUCCUCCACUACUUGGCUUCCUCUCCUCCAAUCUUUUUAGCACUGCCGCUGCUGGACUAGCAAUUGCCUUGAAUAUCUCGUUUGGUGCACCAGGUCAGAUCGCUGGUGUUUGGAUCUAUAAAGCCGAUGAAGCGAAAAGAGGUUACCCUACUGGACAUUGGACCAAUGCUGCAUUGCUGUUCUUUGUCGCUGCUGGAUGCGUUUGCUUGAGAUUGUACUAUGGGAUGUUGAACAGGGCUGUUCUGAAGAAUGGUGGUGUCAAGGUUGCUGGUCAGGAAGAAAGAAGGUUAUUCAAAUACUGA